AUAACUUUUUCUAAAACCGAUUAUUAAUGUUCACAAAAUCUUGCAGAUUGCAAUAUUCUUCAAAUAUUUAAAUUUCUAGCUUAGAUAAGGUAAACAAUAAAAUUACGAAUCCUAAAAUCUCGGUUUCCCUGGAUAUCUACCUAAUAUCACACUAGCUUUAAAAUAAAGAACUUUUUCCUUUAAUCACGUCAUACAAAUUUUAUUUCCUAAAUCAAAAAUACAUUGAGAUUUUAGUUAGCAAAAAUAUCGGUUGUAUUAGCCAUAUAAGAAACACAUCGACUCUUCACAUAUGCAAUACCAUCCGAAAAUGACUUCGAACAAGAGCAUCACAUUACUCAAAGACGUUGAACCGUUCAAGAGUUGUUGGUGUGUCCAGGUUAAGUUUCUUCACUCAUGGAUGGCAACAAACCAGUUAUGGUUGACCGUAUUUAUAUUUGUUUAUUUUGAUAUAGUUAACGGUUUUGACACUUUUUGUUGUUUAAGGUUUCAAGAUCCACUGUUCAUGCAAGAGGUUAUGAUUUAUAGGAAAGAGAAACAUAGAUCAAUGUUAGAGGAACUGGAAGCUCUCCCUAAAUAUAUCCUAAACCGUAUAAAGGCUUAUAGAUAUUGGGUUUAGGAACUCUCUUCUGAUCUGCUGCACUUGCUCAAGCAAAGAGACAGUAACAACAUUUUGUACUUAAUUGGAGAAAUACAUAUAUAGUGGGUUAAGGAGGAGCUGAUUCAGGACUUUUAAAGGUAGCUUAUAGUUUUUUAUUUGAGUUUCAAAACCUUAGAUGUUAAUAUGUUUUAUCUGUUUAGAUAGCUGUAUAACAAAGAGGAAACAUCCUAAUUGUUAACAGGAGAGAGUCCAUGGAGACCUCAUGCAGACUUUUAAGUGAAUGGUUGUGGAAUGAACCCGCUUGUAGUUAAACUUUAUAGUCUAAUAAAUUGUAAACAAUAGCAACAAAUCUCAUUUUAACUUCUUUUUUUUGAACAACUAAAGUCAGUUUAUCUAUCUACCAAAAAUUGUUUAAUUUUAUAUUUUGGUUAAUAAAUUACGAUAAAUUGGAUUACUUGUCAUAAUAUAUUUUUAUAUUAGAUAAGCAGCCAAAUUAACUACUUUUACUAUUUUUAUACGCAUUAUAAUACUUUAUAUACAUACAUAGUUGCCAUUAAAUUAUUAUAUACUGUACGAAUUGUUUUACAUGUAAACUAAAUUUCUUUAGUCUGAUCAUUUUCAAUUUAUUUGACUACUCAGAUACAAUUUUCAAAAUAAAUUUAUAUACAUCAAAGUAAUUAAAAAAUAUAUAAUAAAAAUAUAUUUAUGUAUAACUUUUACCAAUAACAAUAAAUUUUAUUAUCUAGAUUUUAAAUCUGUAAAACAAAUUAGUAAAUUACCACAGGGUAUAUUGAAAUCAACUUUUCAAUAUACAUUUAGUUCCAUAAAUGGAAUAUUCUAUAUGGAAUAUACACAUAUUUUAAAAAAUAGAUGCUAUUAAAUAGGAAUAUCUAACAUAUAAAAAAGAAUAUCUAGCAUACUUUAAAAAUUAAAGCUAUUAUGUUUAAACUAUAAGAAUACAAUAAAUAAAAUUUUAAUUAAAUAGUUUACUCAAGAUAGACAUAAUAGUUGAAUUUAUUUGACAUAUAAAAAACCUAGAGACAUAUAAAUACUUUUAAAAGAUAACAUAUUACCCGACACAAUAUUAUAUUUUGAAAAUAUACAUUUAUUAAUAAACACAAUCAUACUAAUUGGUUUGAUUUAUUAUAUAAAUAAAAUAGAAAAAAAUUAAUGUAAUAUAUAUUAUUAAUUGACAAGUAUCUCAUGUAACAUAUUAUUUUGAUAGUAAAUGUAACUACUAUACGAACAAUCAAUAAAUAUACGUACACAGAUAAAAAACCGUCAAUGAAUCAGAUAAUAUUAUUUAUUUUAAAUUGAAUAAACAUUCGCGCGGGCGCGCGGAUCAAAGUCUAGAACAAAACUAAAUCACUUUGGGUUUUGUUUUAUUAAUUUGAGGAAUGACAUGUCAAUUUAAUUAUCUUCAAAAAGUAAUGGAAGAAUCAUAAAAGAGAUUUUGUUUUAAUAGUAUAGCUUCUUGUUUCUGAAAAAAGUGAUUUAUCCAAUUUGGUAACGGAAUAUUGAUUCUGUAAGUAUUGACCAGUAUCGCUACCAAGACCAGACUUGCCCCACACACACUAUAAAUGUAUGGAAUACAUAUGGCUAAAUACUAUACGAAGCAAUCGCAAACUUUGAAACUCUAAACCAACACGUGAAGAUGAAGAACGUUUCUCUCAAGCUUCCACUCUUGAUUUUCAUUUUGGUCAUCACAUCUAAUUUUGGAGUAGAAGCAAGAGAGUUAACUGAAGUUGAAGUUAUGUCCGGAAGUACAAGUGACGCUGCCAUAGGCAAGGCUCUGGGUCCAGCACAUCCACCAUGCCAGAGGGACGUCGAUUGUAGGUUCGAAUGUCCCAAGGGAGGAUACUGCAACGAUCGCUAUGGGUUAUGUGUUUGUCUCUGAUCACUAUUCUAAUCUAAUUUCCAUAUAAAAAAAAUGUAUCGUCAUCAAUUCUUUAGACUACACUCAUUUUGUAUUUCAAGGAUAAAUAUAAUAAAUCCUAUGCUUGAUAUUCAAUAUGCAAUCUUGAUUCGAUCCAAAUAAAACAAAACAGUUUUUUUCAA